CACACACACACACACACACACACACACACACACACACACACACACACAGUGCCCCCCGUACAGCGCGUGCGCUCAGGUUCUACCGUCCACUCCUCACGAACAUGGCGGCGCCUGCGGUCUCCAGCCGGACUGGUUCAGCUGGCAGCAGCCCCACCGCCACACCGAACAGCACUAAACCCGUCCCGCACUACCCCGAGCUGGACUUCAGGUCCGGUACCAGGAUAGAGGAACUCAACCGACUGAUCGCCGAAUUCAGCAAGCACGACCAGCGCGAGUAUGACGACCAGCGAGCGCUGGAGAUCCACACGGCCAAAGACUUCAUAUUCUCCAUGCUCGGCAUGGUGCAAAAGCUGGACCAGAAACUUCCAGUUGCCAACGAGUACCUGCUGUUGUCAGGUGGGGUAAGAGAGGGCGUGGUCGACAUGGACCUGGACCAGUUGACGGUUUACGCGCGUGGGGCGGAUUAUGACAUGGACUUUACACUACUGGUGCCUGCGCUCAAACUUCACGACCGAAACCAGCCCGUCACGCUGGACAUGCGGCAUUCUGCGCUAUGCCAUUCCUGGCUCAGCUUGCGUUUGUUUGACGAGGGAACCAUUAACAAGUGGAAGGACUGUUGCACCAUAGUCGACCACAUUAAUGGCACCACCAACUACUUCUUCUCCCCUACACUAGUGGCCGACUGGUUCUACGAAUCCAUCAGCAUGGUUCUGGCGGAGAUUCAGAAGAAACCGCAGCGUGGAGUUCCACGUGUCGAGAAGGUGGAGCGAAAUGGAACGGUAAUCUCCAUUAUCUUGGGCGUCGGAGGCAGCCGAAUGUUGUACGACGUGGUUCCGGUGGUGUCGUUCAAAGGCUGGCCGGCGGUGGCCCAGAGUUGGUUGAUGGAGAACCAUUUUUGGGAUGGGAAGAUCACGGAAGAGGAAGUUAUUAGCGGGUUUUAUUUGCUUCCUGCCUGCUCUUCCACAGGCCAGAAGGAAAACGAGUGGCGCUUGUCGUUUGCACGUAGCGAGGUGCAACUAAAGAAAUGCAUUUCUGUGAGUCUGAUGCAGGCGUACCAGGCAUGCAAAGCUCUCAUUAUCAAGCUUCUAUCUCGACCCAAAGCUGUUAGCCCUUACCACCUACGCUCGCUAAUGCUCUGGGCUUGUGACCGGCUGCCACACACGUACUUGGGGCAGGAAGACUACGCUGCUCACUUCCUGUUGGGUUUGAUCGACGACUUGCAGCACUGCCUGGUAAAUAAGACCUGCCCCAAUUACUUUAUCCCGCAGUGCAACAUGUUAGAGCACCUGAGCGACGAUAUGGCCAUGUUGCAUGCGCGCAAGUUGUCGUCCGUGCGUUCCGACCCCGCGGAACACUUGCGGAGCGCCAUCGAGCACGCCAAAGCUGCAUCUCGCCUCACUCUCGAGCUUCAAUGGCGCGGUGGAAGUUCAAACCUGCCAUCGCCGCUGUCGGACCCCGGUAAUGACCAGCAACCGGAUGACCGGCUCGCCAAGAAACUCCAGCAGCUUGUCACAGAGAAUCCGGGGAAAUCCAUCUCCGUUUUUAUCAACCCAGACGACGUCACGCGACCUCACUUUCGCAUCGAUGACAAAUUCUUUUAAAGCUGCGCCCCCUGAUCUUGCUUGAUUGGACGGUUUUAUUUUUCUGGCUUUAAAUUUGUCCCGAGAACCAAGAAGUCACAACCACACUGAUGCUACUGUACGUGUGUGUUUUGCACAUUUCUGGGAUAUUGAAUACAAAUGGACAUUAUCCUGUUGUGUAGCUGCCGGUUAAAUUCAUGUUUGCAUAUCUGUUUUACCCCGUUAUGGACGCCAAGUUAUGGCUGGUUGUACUGAAAGGAUAGAGAGAUUUACGGAAGGAUUUCGGGGGAGGACAAUUUGUGCAUGGCUCAUUAAUAACAGGAAACCCAUAUCUACACUUAUAAGUGCAAUUAGACUAAAUGUAUUUAUAGACAAUUGCUUUACUUGUAAUUACACUGUAACAUAAUACUGUAAACACACUACUUUAGACACACUUACUGAAAUUUAUUCACAAAAUGUCACUAACUGCACACACACUAAAUACAAAUUCUCUUUGGGGAAUCUCACGAAAAACAUACUGAGGACACAUUUCACCUAAAAAUUAAGAGAAUAAAAAACAUGAUAUUUUGCUUUAAGAAAAUGAAGCCAAUUUGUAAGAUUUUUGUCCAUUGUGACUUUAUUUUUAUGACAGUUAAGCACAUUUUCACCCCAAAGUCUCAUUACUGUAACGCGUUUGGAUGGUUUACUUUUGAGUUAUUUGUAAUUCACAUUAUUCUCAAUGGUGAUUUUCAUUAGAUUCUCAUUACUAAUGCAAGUUAUUUGGAAAUAGAUUUGUAUUUUAUUUUUUGCAUUACAUUAAAGGUGCUGUAAGUGAUUUUUUUUCAUGUAAAGAUAUGCAAAAAAAGUCCUUCUCCCUGAAAGAUAUUUCUGAAAUAAGUAAUAUAUCACCGGUUUCUGUGACAGCUCUAGACUCUGUAAACAGAAAACAAAAAUGUGUCUGUGGGCCAUGGACAAUUACGUUUUCUGCCUGUCAAUCAUUUUGCGUGUUCUCAUAGUAUUGUAGUUGCAGUGAAUUAUUGAGGCUUAAUGCAAUUUUUAUGCCAUGUUGUUCAUAGCAGUUGUCAGUUGAGGGCGCUGUUUUGCUGCUGUUGUUUUUGACAACCAUUCUUGCUUGUGACGUUCCCAAUACAGCUCAUUUGGUAUCUUAGGAGGGUGGGGUUUUGGAAAAGAGGGUGUGGCUAAUCCAACAGCUCAACCUUUGGAAAUUCUAGAAUGGUUAAAAUCGCUUACAGCACCUUUAAUGAGAAUUGGUGGGGAAAAUUUGCUGAAUUGUCAUGAAAAUAGAGUCACAAUGCAAAAUAUCUCAAUGGUUCUAACAAGAGGCUUUCGUGAGAUUCACCCCUUUAUGGAAGCCGGAGUCAAAAAUCAAAACAAAAUGUUUUUUAUUUGCUUGUGAUUUUCUAUAUUUAUGCUGCUAAACAUGAUAGGUGUGUUGGAUCAUUUUUGUUUUGCUUAUUAAUUUAAUGAGUACUUUGAUUAUUAUGUGAUGAGAUGAGAUGUAGUAACUGUAAAUACUGCUGUAAGUAACCUCUUCCUCUUCUCCGAGAUAGACCAAUCUGACUGGCCGAUUAUCAGCAUCAACCAAUCAAGUGAUGUGCACUCCUUUAUUUACUGACACAUGCAAAUAUGGGCAUGUAAUUGAUAGGAACCGACCAAUCAUGAAUCUUCAAGCUCUACAGGGACCAAUCGUUAUGCCUUAUUACUGAAAUCAACCGAUUUUAAACCCAUCUGUGUUUCUUUUUAUAUUUAAAUUAGGACAUAUCACAAUGAAACAGAACAUGUUGAUAGAUUUUAGCUGUAAACAUUUAUGGACUGAUGCUAUGUCAGUCUGUUCAUAUCAUUAUUGUUGUAUGGGUCAGUGUUGCAUUGCAUUUCAAACUUGUGUUUGGUAAAUAAAGUUGUAUGUAAUUACAGAA